CCCCCCUGGGCUUUUUUUUUUUUUUUUUGGUCUACUCGUUUCUGCCACCGCUAAAAACCCUAGCCUCGAAUGGCCAUCGACCAGAAUUCCGUCCCCAAAGACCCUGUCCCUUUAAACCCUAACCAAUUUCCUUCCACAGCUCGUCCUUCCGCUCCCUUCCAGUCAUCUUCCGUCUCUAAUGCUGGCGAUUCCUCCGCCGCUGAUGAAUCCGCCGACGAUCAACCAGCCGCCCGUAAGGUCAAGCUCCUGUGCAGCUUCGGCGGGAAGAUCCUCCCUCGUCCCAGCGAUGGGACGCUUCGAUACGCCGGUGGCCAGACUCGAAUCAUAACUGUACGGAGAGAUACGACCCUUCCUGAACUAUGCCGAAAAAUGGCCGAUGCCUAUGGCGCUCCCGUUGCUAUUCGUUACCAGCUUCCCGACGAAGACCUCGACGCUCUCGUCUCUGUCUCCUCAGCGGAUGACCUCGAUAAUAUGAUGGACGAGUACGACAAGCUCACACAGGUCUCUACCGAUGGAUCCGCCAAACUUCGCGUCUUCCUCUUUUCCCAAGCCGAAGUUGCUUCUGCAUUGACUGAUAACUUCUCCUCUGGUUCCGCUCGUAUCGGUCCCUACGACAGCGUGAAAAGGUAUGUUGAGGCUGUUAAUGGCGAUUCUGCCGCUGACGCUGGCAUCCGUGCUUCCGAGAUUCGCCCAAAAAGUAGUAUGGCGAGCACCUGCUCCACUCAGAACUCGGAUGCUGGCUUUGAUGGAUCCAACAAUGAAGUUUCUUCCCCUGCUAUUUUCUCUCCGACUGCGGGGGCCUCAGCUUCUUAUGACCCAUCAAGAUUGGCUUUUGCGGGAGCUGCUACUUCAGUACCGCUUCAGGAGGCUCAAUGUUUUCCGGCCAGUUCUACGGUCUUUGGUCAGGCGGUGGUUGUUACAGAGUCCUUGAAUCCACCUCAUGUGGCACCUUAUGGCUCACAGGCUUUUGUGGAUCCCCGUCAGGCUCAUUGCACGCCUUCACAUUCUCUGAAUAUGGCCGCUGCUCCUCAAAUGAUAAAUGUAGUUUCUAUUCCUCCACACACCUAUCUUCCUUCUAUGCCUAUUUACCCUUCGUCAAUGCCUGUCCAGGUUGGAAGUGUGAAACCAGUUCAAGGAAAGGUGGAUUAUUUUCCAGAGGAAGAUCGAUUGAGUGGAAAGUUUGCUCAGCCUGUGUCUGAUCCUAGUUAUAAGGUGUUACAGCAGCCUCUUUCCCAGUUGCCACCUCUGCAACCUUCUCAUUUGCAGCCACCAAGUAUUGCACCAUAUGGAUUGCAUCUAGUUUCUCCAUUGGCUCAGGGGCCAGUGUUAAGAUUUGAAGAUUGUCAGAUGUGCCAGAAAGCUUUGCCUCAUGUGCAUUCGGAUAGGCUGGUCAAUGAGCUAGGUAAUGUUUCUGGGGUUCAUGAGUCAAAUGACAAUCCUAUAGUCCAUAAUUAUCAUUCUGAGGAUAUAGCAAAGCUGCAGGGUCAUCAAUCUAAAGUUGAACAUGCUAUAAACCCCGGUCAAUGUGGGAUUCAUGGAGUUAAGAAAGUCCCUGAUUCAGUACUAGACAGGGCGCCAAUUUUUGGUCAGUCUGCUGAAAAAAUUGACCAUGCGAAACUAAAGCAGCCAUUGAGUUCUCCGGACUUGUCUGGAGACAUGCAUGCCUCUUAUGGAGUGUUUGUAAGUUCUCCACAAUCUCAUCCUCAGGGUUCUUUCCAGCUGCAACAAAAUCAAGUAUUGCAGAGGGAUAAUUUUCAUGCUGCUAAGAUUCAUCCAGCUGUUAACUUUACCUUAUCAACCAGUGUUCACGGAUCUAAUGGUGCCUUUUUCAGUCCUCCACAAACUUUUCAUGAGGAUUCUUUGCUGCAACAGAAUUUUCUUCUCACUGAUAGUGUUAAUUACAAUAAGGUUUUCCAACCUUUUGGUACAAUAGGUUUAUCAAGCACCGGCCCAUCAACUAAUGGAGUGUCGGUCAAGCCUCCCCAACCACAUCUUGAUGAUUCUUUGCAGCAGCAACAAUUGCUUGCUGGAACAGCAGCACCAUUUUUUCCAGAUAUGCAAGCAGGAAGCGGCAACCAAUGUAGCAAAGAUUCUUCUCCAAUCAGUAAUACCGGUUACACUGUUCCGGAACCUCAUAGCAUUGCUCAAGGCUAUGUUAAACAAGUUAACGGGAUGAUGGAAGCUCCUAAUGUGAAUACCUUUGAUAUUUUAAGGUCUAACGACCAAUUGAAACCAAAAUUUGUGCCUGAUGUUGGCAUCCAAGAAAAUUUGUCAGCGGUUGGAGACAAUAAUGCAUUCGGAUUAAAGAAUGGUGCAGAUGCCUUAGGUACAAGCAAUACCUUAAUGAAUUCUACAGUUGGUCUCGAGGAUAUAUAUAUCAAACCAAUCAAUCCAGUGGUUUUGAACACUGGCAUCUCAAGGGAGAUCCAUCCUCAAAGCUCUUUAUUGGUUGGAGAGGACAACGAUACAGCGAGACUUCACUGUGGUGGAAGUAAACUACCUUCAAGCAAUGCCUUAAUCAGCACUGGGCUUCUGCCUGAGGAAAAUUAUUUGGGUCUAAUUAAUCCAUUGUUGUCUACCAUGAUGGAAUUACACACUUCUGAACUUGCUAAUACUUUUCAGGCAUCAACCAGGACCGGGAGUAGUGUGUUUGACACACAGAAUUUUGAAAGAGGGGCUAAUCCUCUUCUGUCCAGUCAACGAAAUCAUAGAAUGUCUCCAUAUUUUACUGAUACUGCUUACGCCAAUGCCGUUCACGAAGAAACAAGUAGGGGUUGGAAAGAUGAAGUUUUUCAAUUUCAAAACUUUUUUGAUGGCAUGUCUGCCUCCCAAAGAUGCAAUGCUCCAUUUCAAUUGUCCAGUUUAAUAGUACCAGGACAAGGGGUACAACUUCAGGAGACCUUUGCCCCAGGUUUACUCUUGGACAAUGAAGGUCCUCAGGAAAUUCUUGGCCGCAUGAAUGAGUAUCUUCCAAGUCCAGCCAUAGUUUCUACCAGAGAACCUGCUAUUUCUGGAGAUAGUUCUAGUGAGAACCGCUUGCCAAAAGGACAAAGUCCUGAUUUAGCAGUCCUAUUAGAAGAAGAUGCUCUUCACCCUCCUGUAGACUGGCUGAUCAAGGAAGCACGUCCUGAUCCUGUAAUAGGUACAGAAGACCAUGGGGCAGAUUAUAUAGAUCAAAAUCUGCAUGAUCUUGCUGAACAGGUUGGGGAAUUAGUGCUUCAAUCUUCUCCAACUGUAUCUGAGUUGCCUUUUAACAUGCCUAUGGAAAUGAGCCAACCGUUUCAAUGCCACCAUACUUGUAGCGAGAAUGAUUUGCCAAAGGCACAGAGUCCUGAUAUAGCCGUGCUAUUAGAAGAAGGUCAUCUUCAAUCUCCUGUUGAUUGGCUGCUCAAGGAAUCAUGUCCUGAUACAUUUGUAGAUAUAAAAGACACUUUUUCAGAUUACAUAAAUCAAGAUCUGCAUGAUCUUGCCGAGCAAGUUGUGGAAUCAGUGCUUCAGUCUUCCAUACCACCUUUGUCUGUAAUAUCUUCAAGUGGUCCUAUGGAAAUAAGCCCAUCAUUUCAUAAAGGGUGUGGGUUAAGUGAAGAUGACUCUAAUUCACAAACUGUAGCUAUCCUAAAUGAUCAGAAAAUUGAGGACAUCAAGACUAGACAACCAGAUAAACUGCAUAUGGGCUUGCAGAUGGCAAAUCAUAUCGGGAGAUUACAGAUAAUAAAGCAAAGUGAUCUUGAAGAGCUGCGAGAACUGGGUUCUGGAACCUUUGGAACAGUGUAUCAUGGAAAAUGGAGAGGGUCUGAUGUUGCAAUAAAAAGAAUUAAUGACCGAUGUUUUGCUGGAAAACCUUCUGAGCAAGAUAAGAUGAGGACCGACUUUUGGAAUGAAGCUAGCAAACUUGCUGACUUGCACCACCCCAAUGUUUUGGCGUUUUAUGGUGUUGUAAUCGAUGGACCGGGUGGAUCUUUUGCAACAGUUACUGAAUAUAUGGUUAAUGGUUCUUUACGAAGUGUCCUUCAGAGGAAUGAUAAGACACUUGAUCCUUGGAAAUGCCUUUUAAUUGCAAUGGAUGUGGCAUUUGGGAUGGAGUACCUACAUGGAAAGAAUAUUGUACAUUUUGAUUUGAAGAGUGAUAACUUGCUUGUCAACCUUAGGGAUCCUCAGCGCCCUAUAUGCAAGGUUGGAGAUCUUGGCCUGUCAAAAGUGAAAUGUAACACACUCAUCUCUGGAGGUGUUCGCGGAACACUCCCUUGGAUGGCUCCUGAGCUUUUAAAUGGCAGCAGCAAUCUAGUCUCCGAGAAGGUUGAUGUAUUCUCUUUUGGUAUCGUGAUGUGGGAACUUCUUACAGGCGAGGAACCAUACGCAGAUCUACACUAUGGUGCAAUUAUAGGUGGAAUUGUGAGCAACACUCUAAGGCCUGCAGUGCCUGAUUCAUGUGAUCCUGAGUGGGGAGCAUUAAUGGAGCAGUGCUGGGCUGCAGAACCAACUGAGAGGCCAAGCUUUACAGAGAUAGCCAAUAGAUUGCGCUCUAUGGCAGCUUCACUUCCUCAGAAGGGACAAUUUCAGAAGUGAUCUUGGCCUCCUUGGUCUUUCUGGUCCCUCAUUCUGUCUUCCCUAGCUUUGGCUCCUGCUUUGUGGCAUUUGGUAAUUAAUGGAAAUUGCAAGUUCUCAGAGCAUCAGUUGUAAGAACAUGAAGGAGCCUGCAAACUAUUACCUGUGCAUAGUAUGGUCUACAUCAGUUUUGAUUCUUUGGAUUUUUUUUUUUUCUUGAAAUUGUUUACAAUUGUUUUUCCUGUGCCAAUUUUUUCCACUGCAAUACUGUUCACUUUAGGAAUCUC